UUUUAUUUAUGGAAUCACAACAUAAAUACAACUUCAUCAUUAAGCUUUACUUUCUGAUUUAUUAAGAAAACGCAGAAGUAAAGUAACAUAUAAAUAGUUUUAUCUGUACGUAUAGGAUAAGUGAAGUGUUCGUAAUCAUGAAUUAUUUCCCAUACCCACCGGAGAUUCCUCCGUGCCCUCUACUGCCUCCGUGUCCACCGCCAAGGACGGCGCCUCUUUGUCCACCGCCAAAGAUGACACCUCCGCGUCCACCAAUGGCACCUCCAUGUCCACCACCAUGUCCACCGAGAACUGCGCCGCCUCCGUGUCCACCAACAACUGCUCCACCUCCGUGUCCAGCGACAACUGCGCCGCCUCCGCGACCACCGUGUCCACCACUAUAUCCGCGACGUCCACCACCAAGGUUGAAGCUGACGGUCGCCGUAGCUCCGCCGUUCCCGCGUCCACCACCAAUGAUGGCUCCUCCACGGUGUCCUCCUCCAAUGAUGGCUCCUCCACGGUGUCCUCCUCCAAUGAUGGCUCCUCUACGGUGUCCACCUCCGUAGGAGGCACCUCCACCACCAACAUUUCCUACUCCAUGUCCACCUCCACUGACGAUGGCUCCACUUCCGUGUCCACCGCCAAUUAUGGCUCCACUUCCGUGUCCACCGCCAAUUAUGGCUCCACUUCCGUGUCCACCGCCAAUUAUGGCUCCACUUCCGUGUCCACCGCCAAUUAUGGCUCCACUUCCGUGUCCACCUCCAUAGGAAAUGUCUCCACCGUGUCCACCACCAACGAUGGCUCCACCGUGUCCACCACCGACGAUGGCUCCACCGUGUCCACCAUCAACAAUUCCUCCUACUCCGUGUCCACCUCCACCGAUGAUGGCUCCACCUCCGUGUCCACCUCCAUUAGAGAUGCCUCCGUGAUAUCCACCACCAUGUCCACCACCGACGAUGGCUCCACCGUGUCCACCACCGACGAUGGCUCCACCGUGUCCACCAUCAACAAUUCCUCCUCCUACUCCGUGUCCACCUCCACCGAUGAUGGCUCCACCUCCGUGUUCACCUCCAUUAGAGAUGCCUCCGUGAUAUCCACCACCAUGUCCACCACCGACGAUGGCUCCACCGUGUCCACCACCGACGAUGGCUCCACCGUGUCCACCAUCAACAAUUCCUCCUCCUACUCCGUGUCCACCUCCACCGAUGACGGCUCCACCUCCGUGUCCACCUUCAUAAGAGAUGCCUCCGUGAUGUCCACCGCCAUGUCCACCACCGACGAUGGCUCCACCAUGUCCACCACCGACGAUGGCUCCACCGUGUCCACCACCGACGAUGGCUCCACCGUGUCCACCACCAAUGGUAGCUGCUCCACCAUGUCCACCACCGAUGAUGGCUCCACCGUGUCCACCGCCAAUGGUAGCUGCUCCACCAUGUCCACCACCGAUGAUGGCUCCACCGUGUCCACCUCCGUAGGAUGGGCCCUGGGAGAUUAUGGCUCCACCACCAUGGCCAUGGCUGCCUCCAAUGACCCCUCCGUGUCCUCCCCCAUGCUCACUACUGGCGAAUCCUCCAUGUCCACCACCGUGUCCACCCCCAUGUUCACUACUGGUGAAUCCCCCAUGUCCACCACCGUGUCCACCUCCGUGUCCACUACUGGCGAAUCCUCCGUGUCCACCCCCAUGUUCACCACUGGCGAAUCCUCCAUGUCCACCACCGUGUCCACCACCGUGUCCACUACUGGCGAAUCCUCCGUGUCCACCACCGUGUCCACCGACUAUUCCACCUCCAUGACCUCCAUAAGAACCUCCUCCUCCGUGUCCACCGUGGAGGUCCCCAAGACCACUGGAGGCCAGAAGAACUACACAGAAGAACACCAACAGCUUCUGGAAUAAGAGAGAGACAAGAAAAUUA